UGAAUAGACCAAAUACCAGUUACACAGUGCAUUUGAUAUUUUGGCAGGGCUGAAAAUGAGUGAUGCUGGAAUAUUCAUAUUUUCCUUGCUUGAUACAGCAAGUCUGCUGUUUUUGGCUGUGUAUUUUAUUGUCACAUUGUCUGAUUUAGAAUGUGAUUACCUAAAUGCCAGAGAAUGCUGUUCAAGAUUAAAUAGAUGGAUUUUACCGGAGAUCAUAGCUCAAGGGAUCAUGACGUUUCUGAUGUUUAUAAGUCUCCAUUGGGUCUUGUUCCUCCUCAAUGCACCCCUCACUGCCUGGCAAAUAAGAAAGUUGUACAUGAAGCCGUCUGGUUACAUCGGAGUAUACGACCCUGCUGAAAUCCACAACCGACAGUUAUUAAAAGGUUACAUGAAAGAGGCAAUGGUCAAACUAGGAUGGCAUUUGUUGUUCUUUUUCAUUUUCCUUUACAAUAUGAUUGUGUCAUUAGUUGGAUCAUAACGUCUGCUUUACCAGCAAGCUACUUUAUUUGCAUCGAUACAUCUGAAUUCGGGAACAAGUCGAGGAGUGACCCUGGAACAGCCCAGUUUUCAUUUUCAAUUAAUCUGAUUAGAGCGCUCAUCAGGUCUUCGAGAUUUGUAAAGCUAUACACAAGAAAAAAGUAUCCUCCAUUGAGGCAAAUUUGUCCUAUAAAAAAAGCAAUAAAGUAUUUACUAGAGACAAGUGAGUCAAAAGCAUUAGUUGAAUAUUAAAUUGUUUAGUUCAGAAGCACUUUUUGUCUCACUAUCAAUGUUGUGUUAAACUUCAAUGAGUUUAAUGGUGCACUUUUCAUUAUUACCAAUGACAUGCACUUUUCUAAGUGACUCUUAUGGUGGUAGAGAGCUGACUUAGGCGAAAAUAUCAAUUUGGCAAAAAAAUGACUUAUGAGGGUGACGAACAGAACUUCCGUUACAUGUAUUAUCAGAUAUUAUAAUCUUGUCAUAUCAUAAUAGAAAUGUGCGUAUCUGUGAGAAUUUUAUGUGUGAUAAAAUGAUGGAAAUAUUUGUACAAUAAUUCAAUGACAACAAUGGUAUAAAUCUGUAAAUUGUAUGAUACUUUGGUUUAAAUUUUGUAUAAUUAAUAAUAAAUACCAC